AUGCAUGAAACAGGUAUAAGUAUAAACGGGUUUGUCUGCAAAAAGAACGCCAGCGCGACAGAUUUCUUUUUUGCUGGCCUAGCCAAACCAGGAGUCAUCAGCAACACAAUUGGCUCCAUAGUGACUCCGGCCGAUGUAAUGCAAAUCCCUGGUCUCAACACUCUUGUAGUGUCGAUGGCACGCAUUGACUAUGCCCCGGGUGAAUUGGAUGUUGGAUUCAUAACCACUGCCAAUGUCCUCAUAUCCAAGCACAUCAUGAAAGGUGAGAACUUUGUGUUCCCAAGAGGUCUUGUCCAUUUCCAACAGAAUAAUGGUAAGGUUCCUGCCGCUAUCAUUGCCGGGUUCAAUAGUCAGUUGCCUGGGGUUCAAGUCAUCGCCGCCACACUAUUCGGAGCUACACCGCCGGUGCCAGAUAAUGUGUUGACAAUAGCAUUCCAAAUUGAUACCGAGGAAGUAGAGAAGAUCAAGUCAAGUUUUGCACCCAAGAAGUAG